UUUCUAGUAGUUACGCAGGUGCUAGGUUGGAGGCAAAAUCUGCUGUGUCAGGGUAUGAGGACAAUGUUUUAGAGCUGGUAGAGACAUCUUUGGACUGUGGUGACUUACAAAGUAGAACCCAUUUCUGGCAUGGCUCUCUUAGUUCUGGUGACAAUGACAUGUUGUGUAGUAAUGAAAUUGGAUUAGGUAAACCAGUUGGAGAAGACCCCUCUAAUGAUAGGUUAUUGUCACUGAUGCCGAAACGGCAUGAUAAAGUUUCACAGGUUUCGUCAUCCCAGACUAUUUUUUCUGAUCAAAACACAGUACUAUUUGUGAAGCAGAAAAAUUCUACAAGCCUGUCAACUCAGGCAAAGAGGAGCGUAGAAACCGAGGCAGCAUCCAAGAAAGAUGCAGUUUUGAGGACCUCAUCUUUCAAUGAUGCUGCAGUGUCCGAGGCAUCAUCAUUCAUCGAGAUUCUUAAGAAGCCUGCUCAUCUUCAAGGAACUGAGGCAGCAGCGUACGGCUAUGCUUUUGAGCCAACAUCUGACGCCGCAUCACAAGCUCCGCGAAAUGGCAAGAAAAAGGGAAAGAAAGAAAGACAAAUCGAUCCUGCCCUGCUUGGUUUCAAUGUUACGAGCAACCGCAUUUUGAUGGGUGAGAUCCAACGUCUCGACGACUAAUUUUUCUCGUCUACUCGUACCGUGUCAUGUUGUACAUUCCCUGUAAAUUAUUUCGGUUAGUUUUGUUAGGCUUAUUUUAACGAACAAUUUGGGUUUAAACGUU